CAUUUCGUGGAGGUACCUUUAAUUGAAGCAGAACGUGCUAUGCAGGUCUCUCCAGCCCAUCACCAGACCGGCUGCCCCCUUCAGCAAACGACCCGGAUGAAAGACCAAAAAGAAUAAGAAUAAAGACAAAAACGCCCAAAGCCGAAUGGGAAAUAAUUAGCCACGAACAAUCCGCAUUGUCUCGUGGGAAUAAUUAUAUGCUAAAGACGCCGGACGUGUUUGCCCAGGUGCGCAGCCGGGCUCGCUUCGCCUAGGGGUACCUCCAACGUAUCAUGGUACUAGGGAGUUGUGAGCAAGUGGAGAGCGAGAGAGGGAGAUUCCCAGCCAAAAAUUUGAGCGUGUCUGGACGCGCAUCGCGAAUCCAGGGACCCGUUCCCAAGACGCGCGCAACAGAGGAACCCACACCCGUUGCAGGGCGUACGUGAUACAGCCAAAUUUCCCAAAUCUCUCAAAACCGUUUUUUUCCCAUUCUUCCUCCUUCCAGUCUCUCCUCUUUUCCCCAAUUCCUUAAUCCACUUCCUCUACUCUACUUGACUUCACCUCAAUUGACUCCCCCCCCCCCCCUCCCCUUUCCCUUCUCUACCUUAUAACCCCCUCCCCUCCUGUUAGCCCUCGACCGCCAGUCUGAUACGGGUGGGUUCUUCUGCUAUGUACGCUGGCCUCUCGUCGGCCUCGUCAUCAUCAUCAUGGCGUCCUCGCCUGUCAAGAACAUCGAUGGAGCCAGUGCAGAGGAACCUACUCUGCCUCCUGCCUCCUCUCUCUCCGGCACCGCGUCCAUGAAGCGUCCUGCUCCCACUCUGCUCCCCCCGUUCGAGCCUCUCUCGUCCUCGCCGGGCUUCCCACGGCCGUCGAAGAGACAGGCUCGGGAUAGGACUAUCGGAUCGAAUGCUUUCCUCAAGUAUCCUACGCCUAUCCCGACCUCGAGCACCGGCAUCCUGUCGUCCUCUCCCCCGCGCGUCCAGCCGUCGCUUGAGGGCCCGCAAUCGGCCGUCUCAGAGAGGGCACCGCUCUCCGCCGUGCCUUCGGUCGAAUUGAACGAGAACGGCGAGACGCUUCUCAUGGGUCGGUCUACCAACUCGUCUCACUACCAAUUAUCUGCCAAUCGCCACAUCUCCCGUAUUCACGUCAAAGCCCGGUACAUCCCAGCCUCGACGCCUCUCGAGCCGAACAAGGUGGAGGUCCUAUGUAACGGCUGGAAUGGAGCAAAAUUGCACUGUCAGGGGCGGACCUGGGAGCUGGCCAAGGGGGAUUCGUUCGUGUCUGAGACUGAGAACGCUGACAUAAUGUUGGAUGUGGAGGACGCGAGGGUGAUGGUGCAUUGGCCGAAGAGGGAUCGGCGCGAGUCUAUCGCGAACUUGUCUGACUCGUCGUGGGAUGAGUCGCCGCGAUCCCGGGGCCGGGCUAACGGGCCGGCAUCGGACUUCCUGCAGUCGAGCCCCCUUCGACGCCAGACGCGUAUACAGUCGCCCGAAUCUCCCACCCCGGCUAACAACCGGCCCUCUAGCAAUCUAGAUGACCUGUUGCUAGCCAAUGACACGAGCGAGCCGGUCCAGAUUUACGAGGAUGCAAGCGGGGACGAACACGAACAUCUAAAGUCCACGCCGGCUGUAGAUGUCUCGUUCGCCCAGACGGAAAUCGCGAAUAGUUUCUCGAGCGAUCUGAGCGAUCCCGAUGAUGAUGAUAACGACCCGGACGAGGAAAACGAUCCCAUCGUGCACUCAUUUGGCCCCUUCGGAGCCAACCUCUCAAACCGGCUGGCGGCUUUCACGGCUGCGUCCCCGAAGCAGCCGCGGCAUAAGCUGCUCGCUGACGUGUCGGCGAAGCCGCCGACGGGACAGGAGCCGGAAGAGAAGUUCCCGGACCACGUCGACGCGGAUGCGGUCAGAAACCACGUCGUGAACCAGCUGGCGUUUUCCCGGCUGUCGUCCAACCCCUUGUCGGGAAUCUUGAACAACCUCCCGGCGGAGGAGAAGAAGGACCUGACCAAGCCCACGCUGCGCAGAAUCAUCGAGACCACGCCUUGCAUCGGCGUCAUCGCCCGCCAGGGCAAGGAUGCGGCGGGGCAGCCGCUCGAGAGCGAGUAUUACUACAUCUCCGAGCGCGACACGGACGAGUCGCGACGGGUCGCCGUGACGGACGGGCUGCGGAAACCCAGCCUGCGAGCGUGCAGGAAGCAGCACAAGGUAUUUUCCCCCGUCCGAGAGUUGAUGUCGGGGAACGUGGGGUGUUAACUGCGAGCAGCAAUACUAUUGGAAGCGACCG